UUUUUCCAAAAAUGAAAUUAUACAUGGUGUCAAGUUGUAUUGUAUUUGGGUUUGUGCUGUACACUUUUGCUCCUCGCUUUCAUACAAAAAUUGUUUGGGAUACUUUGGAUGGCGAAGGAUAUCAGUUUAAGGAGACUACACAUAAACUCGAUCCCCGUUUCAACCAGCUUGCUAUGCUCCCAGCUUGCAACAACCUCAAACUCCAAAAGAACGUUUUAAGUAUGAUGAGAGUUGUGAAAAAGGAAUUUUUGGCUUGUAUCAAGCCAAUCGUAGCGCAAUGGAAAGGGCGCCCUAAUGAGAUGAAUUUGGAAUGGGUAGAAAAAACUGUGGUUUGUGACAAUCUUCAAGUUUUCAAAAAUUUCGAAGUUGAGCAAUUUAACAAUCAACACGAAACCAAGUGGACAAUUCUUCCUAAAUGUAAAGAGGAAAACAUUCUUGUGACCCUUGGCGUCGGUCAUGACACUAUUGCAGAGGAACUGCUCAGCAGAACACUUCCCAACACAACGUUCUACGGAGCCGACCCAAUUUAUGAACCGAAUCGACAGCUGUACUCGGCUUUCGGAAAGUUCUUCCCAUUUGCUAUUGGAAAAGAGCCGGGAUUCACGAAAUUCCGAGUCCUCCCGAACCAGAAUCAAAAAACAAGAGAAUACGUUUACCAGGAUGUUACUACAAUUCCAUUUUUGUAUUUUUUGCACGACAUCUUAAAGUUAAAGAAAAUCGACUUUGCUUGGAUAGACAUUGAAGGCGGGGAGUUUGAAUUCCUCGACAAAUUCCAUCGCGACGUUCAAAUUUGUCAAUUCAAUAUCGAAAUUCAUUCGAAAUUUGCACCGACACAAGCUCAGGCGUUCCAUGAUUUUAUAUUCAGAGUGCUAAAAGAGCAGAAGUAUGUAUUCAUGAAAACAAUGCUUACCGAUGCUGCUGGCGUUCAUCGAAUGUUCUUUGUGAAUGUUCAGGACGAGGAGUGCCUGGCAAAGUAUUUUAAUGAUUUCUGA